AUAAUGAAGCUGCGGGUAGAAAACAUUUUUAAUAAAUAUAUAAUAAACUUAGGAGCUUGUGGGAUUUGGUGUGGCUUCAUUCCAUUUGGCGAGCGGAGAUCGGAAUCGGAUUCUAUCAGACACAGAGAGAUCGACGCGGGCUUGCUUCGUUUCAACAUAGCAAGAUGUUGCGUGCUAUAAGGCAUAAGAAUAUUCUACCUGCCUUCUCUGCAUUUAGAGCUUUCUCUUCUUCUGCUAAAGAGAUGACAGUUAGAGAGGCUCUGAACUCUGCUCUUGAUGAGGAAAUGUCUGCUGAUCCUAAAGUCUUCUUGAUGGGUGAAGAGGUUGGGGAAUACCAGGGUGCAUAUAAGAUUACUAAGGGACUUCUGGACAAGUAUGGUCCUGAAAGGGUUCUUGAUACUCCAAUUACCGAGGCUGGAUUUACUGGCAUUGGAGUUGGUGCUGCUUACUAUGGUCUAAGGCCGGUUGUCGAGUUUAUGACUUUUAACUUCUCCAUGCAGGCAAUAGAUCACAUUAUUAAUUCUGCUGCAAAAUCAAACUACAUGUCUGCUGGGCAAAUAUCUGUACCUAUUGUCUUCAGAGGACCCAAUGGAGCUGCUGCUGGAGUUGGUGCUCAGCACUCUCAAUGUUAUGCAGCUUGGUAUGCUUCAUGCCCGGGAUUGAAGGUAUUGUCACCAUAUUCAUCUGAAGAUGCUCGUGGUUUGCUAAAAGCGGCUAUAAGGGACCCUGACCCUGUUGUUUUUCUUGAAAAUGAGUUAUUAUAUGGUGAAUCAUUCCCUGUUUCAGCCGAAGUUCUUGAUUCCAGUUUUUGCCUUCCCAUAGGAAAAGCAAAGAUUGAGAGAGAAGGAAAAGAUGUUACUAUUACAGCCUUUUCAAAAAUGGUUGGCUAUGCUCUCAAGGUUGAAAAAUAAUGAGAAAAGGAUUUAUCUACACAGGUUAUAAAUCUGCGUUCCAUUCGGCCGCUUGAUAGAUCCACAAUUAAUGCUUCAGUCAGGAAAACCAAUAGAUUGGUGACAGUUGAAGAAGGAUUUCCUCAGCAUGGUGUUGGCGCCGAAAUUUGCACCUCUGUAAUCGAGGAGAGUUUUGGUUAUCUUGAUGCACCGGUAGAGAGAAUUGCUGGGGCCGAUGUUCCCAUGCCUUAUGCAGCCAAUUUGGAGAGAAUGGCUGUCCCACAGGUUGAAGAUAUUGUUCGUGCCGCAAAGAGAGCAUGUUACAGAUCUGUGCCCUUGGCUGCAACAGCUUGAGUUUUAUUGAGGACUGGAAAUUUCUCUCAUGUCUUGGUUAUGCUAAGUUCUUCGGUAAUCCUAGAUGUUACCAAAAACAAUUUUUUCCCCUCCAUAUUUCACCAUAAAACAGCAGAAAGAAAUAGCAAGCGGCGAGUGCUGGUUUCACUUAUGGACUACAUAGGCGUUGGUUUAAAAUAUUCUGAUUCAUGAUGUAUACUUAAUAGUGCAGCCUUAAUUUUCACGAGUUACAGAUGGUAUAUAAUAAUGGCAAGUUAAACAUCCAUACGCAUGGAUCCUACGUGUCCUAGUCUCCUAGAUGUUCUCUUCGACGCCUCUGGUAUCUCUGCUUUUGCAGGGUUUCGUGAAGCCCGAACGAGGCAGUAAUAGACUAAUAGUAGGUGCCUAGGUGGUGUUUUUUUUUUUUUUUUGGUCAUGGUGCCUAGGUGGUGUUUGGUUGGUUCAGCAUUUGUUUGGGAUUACUGCGGCUAAGAAAAGUUGAUUAGCAGGCUUUUUGGUUGAUGGGCCGAAAA